AUGAAGUGCCUGAACAACCGGGCCGACAGCCACCUGACCGGGCAGGUGGAGUUGGACAGCAUGGGCAAUGGAGCCUGGGUGAACCAGGGCUACUGUGGCUCCCCUCCGCCCCUGCCCCGAGAGGUCAGCACCAUCUACAACUCUCAGUCCCUCUUCCAGGGCUCCAUGGACAGCAUGUACAAACUGGACACCCCCAGUCCAUUCCUGGAGGAAACACCAUCCACUGACCAAAGCCCGGUGAAGAAACGAGGCUGCUGCUCUUUCAUCAAAGGCUUCUGGGGCACAACUCUGACUGAAAACACCUCAAACAACAGAGAAUUGUUUGUCCGAACCACUCUACGUGAGUUAAUGGUCUAUCUGGUGUUCCUGGUGGAUAUAUGCCUCUUGACAUACGGUAUGACCAGCUCGAGCACCUAUUACUACACUAAAGCCAUGACGGACCUGUUUGUGAAUACGGGCGGUAAUAGUGGGGUGAAGUUUCAGUCCAUUGGCACCAUGGCCGACUUCUGGACUUAUGCUCAGGGCCCAUUGCUGGACGGCCUCUACUGGACUAAAUGGUACAACAACCAGUCCCUGGACAGAGGAGACCAGUCCUUCAUCUACUAUGAGAACAUGCUGUUGGGAGUGCCCAGAAUGAGGCAGAUCAAGAUCAUGAACAACUCCUGCAAGGUCCACAAGGACUUCGAAGAUGAGAUCACGGGAUGCUUCGAUGUUUACAACGACAAGAAAGAGGACGACCUGAGCUUCGGUCUCAUCAAUGGCACCGCCUGGACCUACCACACAGAGAAAGAAGUCAAAGGUUCCUCUCACUGGGGCUUGCUGACUACAUACAGUGGAGCGGGAUACUACCGAGACCUGAGUCGAACCAAAGACGAAAGCAUCAUCAUUCUGGAGGAACUGGUGGACAACCUGUGGCUCGACCGAGGAACCAGAGCUGCCUUCCUCGACUUCUCCACUUACAACGCAAACAUCAACAUGUUCUGUGUCAUCAGGUUGGUAGUUGAAUUCCCAGCGACUGGUGGAGCAAUCCCUUCCUACCAGAUAAGAACCGUCAAACUGAUUCGUUACAUCGCCAACUGGGAUUACUUCAUCCUCGGCUGCGAGACGGUUUUCUGUUUAUUCAUCCUCUACUAUGUUGUGGAGGAGAUUCUUGAGCUGCGAAUACACAAGCUCUCCUAUUUCAAAAGCAUCUGGAACAUACUGGACAUUGUUGUCAUAAUGCUUGCCAUCGUUGCCAUUGUCUUCAAUAUUUUCCGAACUGUCAAAGUGGACAACUUGCUUGGCAAACUGCUGGAACAACCUGGUAUCUACGCUGAUUUUGAAUUUCUGGCCUUCUGGCAAACACAGUACAACAACAUGAAUGCAGUGAACUUGUUCUUUGCGUGGAUUAAGGUUUUCAAGUACAUCAGUUUUAACAAGACCAUGACUCAGCUGUCCUCCACACUGGGUCGAUGUGCUAAAGAUAUCCUGGGCUUCGCCAUAAUGUUCUUCAUAGUGUUCUUCGCCUACGCUCAGCUUGGAUAUUUGCUCUUCGGGACAGAGGUUGAAUCUUUCAGUACCUUUGUCAAGUGCAUCUUCACACAGUUCAGGAUUAUUCUCGGAGACUUUGAUUACGAUGCCAUUGACCGUGCUAACAGAGUUCUUGGGCCAAUCUACUUUGUUACCUAUGUGUUCUUUGUUUUCUUUGUUUUACUGAACAUGUUUCUGGCCAUCAUAAAUGACACAUACUCUGAAGUUAAGGAGGAGCUCUCAUGCCAAAAAGAUGAGCUACAGAUUACUGACAUCAUCAAACAGAGCUAUAUGAAGACAUUCAUGAAGUUGAAACUUAAAAAGGAGAAAAUAUCAGAUGUUCAGAAGGCACUACGAUCUGGAUCUGGAGAAAUUGAAUUUAAGGACUUCAGAGAAACUCUGAAAGAGAUGGGACAUGCUGAUCAUGAAAUUUCUGCAGCCUUUUCCCGGUUUGACCACGAUGGGAACCAAAUUCUAGACGAAGACGAACAAGAGAAGAUGAAAAUUGAGCUGGAGGAAAAGAGGGAUGCUCUUUGCACUGAACUCAACAAUCUUGGAAUGCAUUAUGGGAAAGACUUAUUGGAGAAGCCUCCUGUAACGUCCAAUGAGCAGAACCACUCCAGUCAUACAUUCGUGGAUCGGGAACAGUUUCAAAGACUGGCCAGACAGGUUCUCCAGCUUGAAAGCUCUGUGGCAGGCAUCACAUCCAGGAUUGAGUUGAUUAUGGAGAAACUGGGAUUACAAGAGAAAGCUAAAGGGAACGAAACGAGCGAUGAUACUGCCUCAGAUGGGAGCGUCCUGGUUUGUGUGGACAGAGGGACGAAGCCUGAGAUGUCAUCAAGGAGACCAGCAGUUAGCACCAGCAUCACAUACGAUUGCCACAUGUGAUUCACCUCUGAGAGUCACGGGUUCUCUGGAUUAUGAUGAGCAGGUCACACGCCAACAAUGAUUUGUUCUUCACUACUUUCCCAUGUUAAAAGUCUGGAUUCUUCACAUCGACAAUAAACUACCGACAGCGUGACAUGGCAAUACUUUGCUUCAACUGCUCUUAAAUUACAGCCACUCAUUUCAUGGAAAUAUGUAAAUACUGUAUAAAAACAUUUUUGAAAGUCUUUGCUUACUAGGCGACCGCACUAGAGCUAAUAUAAAAAUCUGGUUCAAGUUGAAGCUCAGAUAUGUAGAAGGCUACAAUACAUGUUGUAGAUGAGACCUGAAUAUAAAUCUACAUAUUAGUAGUGUUGUGUCAUAUACAUAUACGUAUUUCAAGAGUAGGUUAGAAGAAAAUACUUAUACAAUAUAAUCCAAUAUUAUGCGGCGUGUUUGCCACCUGAUGUCUGACUAAGCGAUGCUUUGCUUUAGUCAUUUAAUGUUUAUGAAUGUUCAAGUUCUAUCACGGUUGCUCAAAGCGCCCCUUGACUUGUUUGCACAGUGUAGUGAGAUGUAGCUACAAAAAAAAAAUCCCUAAUUAUGUUUAUAUGGAAGACAUUGUUUAAUAAUUAUUACCCACCUUUGUCCCAUCUCCCGAGUUGCCAAAACAUGUAAC